AUGGCUUGGCCGUAGCAGGGUUGUUUUGCUUUUAUUACUUGUACUGGAAGAGGUUUUUUGGGACUUCUCUCUCCUGCGGUCUUGAGUGUGAUGGUGAGAGAACUCUUUGGAAAGAGCCGCUGACUCCAAGCAUCUUCUCCCUCAAACCUUGGCGCUGCAGUUGCAAUAUCUACUGUCAUUGCUUGGAAAAAAAAAAACAAAACAAAACACAACCAGUGCAAGCAAGGCGCUACAUAGAACACCAUGGGGAAAUUCAGAAGUAUCCUUCUUUUGUGCUUUGGCUUUCUUCUGGUCCACGUGAGAGGUCAACGUGAUUUUGAUUUAGCUGAUGCGCUUGAUCACCCAGAGGACAUAAUUACCAGGAAGCCUACAGUGAUCAGAAGACCGACAAGGCCUGUGCUGAACAAUGAUUUUCAUUUAGGAGAUGCUCUUGGUGGGGGUGAUAUCACAAGAAAACCUUUAUACCCACCUCUUCCACCACGACCGGGAAGCCAUAGUAAUUCUGGAGGUUUUGAUGACUCAGAUCUCCUUGAUGGGAAGCCUUUACCACCGCACAUAACAGGUGAAGAGGAGCAUCAUUUCAAUCAUGGAGGAAACACGGAUUCAGGAUUAAUAGCUGGAGUUACAUCUCCUAUAAUUUCUGCUUUGGUAAUAUUGGUUGUUGGAUCCAUAGCGGCCUACUCCGCUUACAAGAACAAGAAACUCUGUUUCAAACCACAUGCUGGGAAUACAGUGUAAACCACUGAAAGAAGAGUUGCCCGGUGAUGACAGGCUCCUUUGGUUGGUGACAUUCGGCCCCCAGAUCCAACGUUUUUUUCCUGCUUUAUCACUUUGACAAAAGAAAAAUCUUCCUCUAAGGAAUGUUUUUUUGAGACGUUGCAAUCCCACUCUCUUCUAUCUGACGUCACUCUUGUACCUUGAGCUUUACAUCAUCAAAGAUGUGCUUAAAACAUCCAGAGAUGGUAAUGAACUAUCUGACCUUCAUUCAUAGAGGUUGGAUGUGUGUUUUUAUUCAGAAGUUAUUUUAAGCAACAGAGAAACAAGUUUAAUAUAAGAUAAAAAUCAAAAGAUUUUGUUUUGUGAGCAUUUGAGAAGCCAAACAAACUUUUUUCCUGUUUUCAAAAUUAUCCAAAAUACUUAAUCCUUCUGAUAGGAGUAAGGAAGUUACCAUUUUCAUUCAUACAUGUUAGGUUUCUUUAGCAUAUUUCUGUAUUGCCUAUAAUGUUUAAGGAAAACUUGAAGUUGUAUAAAGGAAUACAAAUUUUAAUGCCUUUACUUUGCGUUUAUGUCUGAAUUCUAGCAAAAUGAAAGGAGCUAUAGAUGAAAAAUUAAUUCUUAAUUUUAAAAUAUAGCAUGAAAAGAAUAUGUACAUUGACGAACCGCUGUUUAAAAAAAAAAUAAAAAUAAGAGGAACACAUGCUGAUUUUAUUUAUUUAUUUAUUUAUUGCUGAAAUGGUGUUUAGCUGUUUUCAGGAACAGGAAUUUGACGUACAUUUUGUUUAUCUUCUUGAAAACAUGGGCCCUGCUGUAGGAGCCUUUAAAGGCAUUAAACCAGCUGGCUGUUUUUUUUAAGAACCGUAUUAUUCAUAAUUUCUGUUAAGGGAAAAUAGGUACCAAAUUUUCUGAAUCCUUUAGAACAAGCCUGUGACACUUAGUUCUAUAAAAUAUAUGUCACACUAACUUUUAAACUUCAUACAUAUGAGGAGGUAUGGUUGAUACAGUUUUGGUAGCAAGGCCAUUUCAUCCUUUUCCCUUAUUCUUGAUCAACCUUACUGUGCUAACAAAUGUUCCUAUGUAGACAAAUCUAUCAACAAAAACUAACACUUCUCCAGUAUCUCUGCCUUCAUUUAGCUAACCAAAUGAACCGAAUGCAGAUGAAAGCUGGCAAAACUACUAGUUUACUGACAUAAUUCUGCAAUACAGCUAUUUUAGCUAGGUCUUUAGAGUAUAGAGGAAAUCUGUGUGCUUUUAUCUUCAUCUUUCAUGUGAAGCAAGCUUUUUCUUACUGAAAUUCCAUGUAGAUGGAGGUAAACAUGAUUUUGUGGUUUUUAAACUGUUAAAAAACAUAAUCUGAAAAAGUAUUCUUUUCAUAAACUAAAAUACCAUUUGAUCUAAGUUAUAUUUGAAAUGGAUAUAUAUCAGUUGCUGAGGAGAAUACCAUAAUCUUUAUUUUGAUCCUGAAAGUAAGAAAUUAUAAUGUACAUCAGUUUAAAUACAGAAACAUCUUGACAACACACAAACAGACAAGGACCUUUGCGGCUAUCACUUUCAACUUGUGAAUGAAAAUCUAUUUUUAAUAUGGUUUCCUAGGACACUUGAUAUUUCUUUAAAAAUACAAAUUUUCCAUGUUCAUAGUCAAAACAGAUUGAUAUAUCUUUUGCCAGGUAGACACAGAGUUUUGAUUAAUGAAAUGUUAAAAUAUUUUGUGGUUACCACUUCAGCCAUUUGUUAAACAAUGAAAACAUAUGUUUUGCUUUUUUCUCUUGAAAAUUUUCAAUAAACACAUACUGUGUUUUAUCUAA